AUGAGUCUCACAGGAGAAAAACCACAUCUGUGCUCUGAGUGUGACAGAAGCUUUACAUAUAAAUCACAUCUUCUCACACAUCAGAGUAGUCAUACAGAAGAGAAACCAUUUACAUGUUCUGAGUGCAGCAAGUGUUUUUCCCUAAAGUCAUCUCUUGUUAUACAUCAGAGGAUUCACACAGGAGAGAAACCAUUUACAUGUUCUGAGUGCAGCAAAUGCUUUUCCCAAAAGUCAUCUCUUGUUAUACAUAAGAGGAUUCACACAGGAGAGAAACCAUUUACAUGUUCUGAGUGCAGCAAAUGUUUUUCCCAAAAGUCAUCUCUUGUUAUACAUCAGAGGAUUCACACAGGAGAGAAACCAUUUACAUGUUCUGAAUGCAGCCAAUGUUUUCUCUGCAAGUCACAUCUUGUGGAACAUCAGAUGAGUCACACAGGAAAGAGACCAUUUACAUGUUCUGAAUGCAACAAAUGUUUUUCCCAAAAGUCAUCUCUUGUUAUACAUCAUAGGAGUCACACAGGAGAGAAACCAUUUACAUGUUCUGAAUGCAACAAAUGUUUUUCCCGAAAGUCAUCUCUUCUUAUACAUCAGAGGAUUCACACAGGAGAGAAACCAUUUACAUGUUCAGAAUGCAGCCAAUGUUUUCUCUGCAAGUCACAUCUUGUGAAACAUCAGAUGAGUCACACAGGAGAGAAACCAUUUACAUGUUCUGAAUGCAACAAAUGUUUUCCCCGAAAGUCAUCUCUUCUUAUACAUCAAAGGAUUCACACAGGAGAGAAACCAUUUACAUGUUCAGAAUGCAGCCAAUGUUUUCUCUGCAAGUCACAUCUUGUGAAACAUCAGAUGAUUCACACAAGAGAGAAUACAUUAAAUGAUCUGAAUGCAGCAAAUGUUUUCAAUGUAAGUCAAGUCUUGUUAGACAUCAGAUUAGGAAACAUAUAA